CUGAACCCUCGGAUCGCUGCCUCAAAUGAAUCGAAGAACCCAAAAUUAGCGUCAAUCUCCCCUUUCAAUAGCCUCUCAAAAACACCAAAACACGCAAGCAAACAAACAAACAAAAAGUUUCCAAAAUCCACAUCCAAUCUCUCAAAAAACCUCUUGGAAAUGAACAACUCCAGCCGACCACCGCCUUCUUCUUCUCCGUCAGAGGCGGCCCUCGAUACCUCGCCGCUGCUCGGCCAGUCCAUAGCCGACAAUCUCCUCCGGAGCCGCCGGCUCAUCCGGCGCACGGCGCCUCCUCAACUACGCGGCGCGGCGCGGCUACUCCGGCGCGCGAGCGGGCGGCGCAUGAUGCUCCGCGAGCCGUCGGUCCGGGUCCGCGAGAAUGCCGCGGAGCAGCUGGAGGAGCGCCAGAGCGACUGGGCGCACUCGAAGCCGGUGGUGGCCUUGGACGUUCUGUGGAACCUGGCUUUCGUGGGGCUCGGCCUCGCGGUCUUGGGGCUGAGCGUGAAGGAGAGGCCGGUCGUGCCGUUGAGGCUGUGGGUCGCUGGGUACGUGGCGCAAUGUUUGUUCCAUGUGUCGUGUGUGAUCAUGGAGUACAGGAAGCGACGCGAGGCGCGUCUGGCAGAAUCGGAGGGAAUUGCGAGUUGGGAAAAUGGUGGGGAUUCGAACUCCAACUCUGGGUCUGCGAGUGAUGGAGAGGAUUAUGGGAUAGAGCAGCGUCAGGUUGAGGAAGAAACCAGUGUCAUGAAGCAUCUCGAGUCUGCAAAUACAAUGUUUUCGUUUAUCUGGUGGAUUGUUGGAUUCUACUGGGUGACUGCUGGUGGUCAAACUUUGACACGUGAUUCACCUCAGCUUUACUGGCUUUGUAUUACAUUUCUAGCUUUCGAUGUCGUUUUCGUUGUGAUCUGCCUUGCCGUUGCAUGUCUCGUUGGUAUUGCUGUCUGCUGCUGUUUACCAUGCAUAAUCACAAUCUUAUAUGUUGUGACAGAUCAGGAAGGAGCAACAGAGGAAGAGAUUGAUCGAUUACCAAAGUACAAAUUCCGGAAGAUAGGUGAUGUUGAGAAAGUUGAUGGGGAGACUCAAGAAUCUUUUGGAGGAAUGAUGACUGAAUGCGACACGGAUACUCCCACAGAACGUGUUCUGUCCCAAGAGGAUGCUGAAUGUUGCAUUUGCCUUUCUGCCUAUGAUGAUGGAACUGAACUGCGUGAACUUCCUUGCAAUCACCAUUUCCACUGCACCUGCAUAGACAAGUGGUUACACAUCAAUGCGACAUGCCCUCUCUGCAAAUUCAACAUUUUGAAGUCUGUGGACCAAAGUGGUAUUGAAGAGGUAUAGAAAAUAAAAGUUUCUCAACCAAGACCUGAUUAGAGCCUCUUUUCUAGCAUCUGUGUAUCUCAUGCUCACUUGGCAUGCUGUCAGCAACCUGGACCUUCCAUGCUUUGCUCUGAGUGACUUUCAGGGGGGAGUUCUGAUGGUAAGAUGUAUAUUUAGAGGGAUAGAAAUUUCCUUCUAACUAUGUUGUAGGAGUCCUAUUCAAAGUUUUAUCAUGUUUUUCUUGUUGUUUCCUAAUCCUCUUCUUUAAUGUAUUUAAUGUAUAUGGGCUUUAUAAAUCAUGCAUAAAGAGUACUCUAGUAUGUUUCCACGAUAAUUGUAAAAUUAGUAGUUCUUUUUGAUUUCUCAUGUUAAAUAUUAUGGAACUUAAUCUUAUAAUGCUGGAAAAAGAGAGAAGCAAAGCCCUUUUGUUUGUAGUUA